UUCAGUGUUUAUUAUUAUUUUACUUUGACAUUUUGCGUACAGCCCCGCAUGUGACAACACCAACAGUAGGAGUGUGAAUGCGUGAUUAUUCGAUCGAAUUCGAGUCUGAUUAUCCGUAAAAUAGAGUUCAACGGUAUAUCAUUUCACCACUCACAAGGUUUUACUCUACCAAACUGUAAAUUCAAGAUGGAGUUACGUAAUCAUCUCCUGCCAUGGAAACUGGACGACGAUUUCGUGGAACAGAUAGAAUCUUUCGCAAUAUGGGGUAAUUCUUACGACCUGGUACCGCAUAGAAAUGCUAUAUUCACGACGAAAAACAAUCAAGUGUACGCUAUCGGUGAUCUCAUAUCGAGAUGUUUUAAAGCGGCGAAAGGUGCUGAUGGUAGCGAAGAGAAUGGCGAAUUGAAAGGCCUUAAUAAACCGGUGCUGUUGGAGGAAUUGUCCAAUAUUCGUAUUAAAAAAUUCAGCAUAACUUUCAAUCACGUUUUCGUCUGCACCGAAGAUGGUAAAGUGUUGGGAUACGGACGGUACAAGUUUAAGAAAGACAGCAGUUUCAAUUUACCUCAACGUGUUUGCGCAUUAAACGGUAUUAACGUAGUGGACAUCGCCGUAGGAUUGUACGAUAACGCUCUAAUGCUUUUAAGCAGCGAUGGGAAGGUUCAUCAUUGGACCCUAAUGCAGAAACACAGUUACGUAGUCGAGAUCGAAGCCAGCAAGGUAUUCAGGUCGAGACCGAUCGGCGUGUUUACGGGAUCAAAGCUAGUGCAUUUUUUCGUAUUGCUCGAUAACGGACAAGUUGUGAAAUUGAAUCGUCACACCGAACAUACGAUGAAUUUUCCUCGAGAUGUCGAAGAGGAGCAUCGUAAAAUCAAGAAGUUGGCUUGCGGUUACAGCCACGUUUUGCUUUUGAACGAAGACGGUCGUUUAUUCGUCAACGGUUUCAAUGAUUCGGGAGAGCUGGGUCUUGGUGUAAAAACACCAGCUACUGCUGCGGGAGCAUUGGUGCAUGUAGCGUCUAUAAAAGAAAAAAUCGUAGAUAUCGCGGCCACUCCUUCGUAUCCUGUGUCAGCUGCGAUUACCGAAUGCGGAAAAGUGUACAUGUGGGGAAAAUGUCGAGGUGUGCUCGUUUUCGAACCCACUCUCACGUCGUUUAAAUCUCUCAACGAAGUAUUCUUCCACUGUUCGGUGCCUCUCUUUACCUAUCAACCAGUCAAAGUGACCGAAUUAGCUCGCGAACCGCCCCUCGUAGCUCGCGAUCCGCCUCCUGCUGCUCGCGAGUCAAUUAAACCAUCCGAAUUGACGAAUGGAUUCUCAGAGAAGAAUGAUGCUGUGAAAACGACGAACGAACCAAGUUCUCUAGUCGAUAAAUUUUACGAUUUUACCAUCGUCGUGGAGGGUAAAAAGAUCCCAGUUCAUAAAGGAAUACUCAAGUUACGAAGCCAACAUUUUGCUGAAAUGUUCCGUAAAGGGUCACCUACCGAGAAACAGAGUGUUUUAGAAAUCGCAGAAGGUGACUUGAAAUCCUACGAAAUAUUUGUCAAGUUUUUGUACACUGAUUCAGUCGACGAGUCGUUACCUUGCCAUCAAAUCAUAGAACUGCUCGCGUUGGCGAAUAAAUAUCGCGUCGAAUCGUUGGCAGAACAUUGUUCGUCGAAGAUCCAAUCGGGUAUCAAUAUCGAUAACGUGAUCGCGCUUUAUAAAAGUACGGUUUCGCAGAACGACGAAGACCCAAAGAUGAUGAAAAUACGCGAAAAGCUUCGAGAAUUCUGCGUGCUUUUCACCGUUAAAAACGAAGUAGCUGUCGUGAGAUCGAAAGAGUUCGCUAAUCUCAGUCCAGAUUUGGCCAAAGAUUUGAUCAUGGAUGUUUGCAGAAGACGAUCUCUUUGAAUAAUUCAGCAAUGCCGUUAGAUUGACGAUUGUUCCUUUUUAAGAGGCUGUUUUAUUUUUUAGAUGGUGAUUUUUUUUAAACAAAUAAGUUUCUUAAGCCAGUUUAUAAAGUGUUUUAAUUUAUAGAUUUUUUUUUUAAAAAUGGAAAAUGUUUCAUUGUCAUUUGUCACCGUUGUGGUUCUUUUUAUAUUUUUUUAAGUACGUGAGAUGAUUUUUUACGUGGAAUUUAUGACAGACGGCGUAUGUGGCUGCUCUCACGAGUGUAGAUGAAAAGAUUGCGCUCCCGUUUGUUCAAUAAAAAUUAAAUAUUACCUAAUUAGUUUUUUUUUGUACGUAAGUUGGUAUCAUUGAGUAAUAAAAAGUGUAGAAUUGA